UGUAUGAACUAGGAUCUCUGUAAAGUACAAAAUUAUACUUUUUAGAUCAGUAGUUUUAAUACAGCAGUACAGCAAAGUACUGUACAGUGACGUAAAGUAAUUAUAUAUCUGUACAAUAUAUCUUUACAUAUGUACAACGUCUAGGAUAGUGAACAGUUAUCAGUUGUGUUGUACAUGUUAAUAAAAUGUGAAUUUGGUGAUUUAAAAUAACAAAAAAAGUGUUAAAGAGUGGGAAAGAUAAAGGGACAAGAAAGAAUUUAGAGAAAAAUAAGAUUUGAAGAUGUUGGAUCUAGCGCUGGAGGAGAUCAACGUGAUCGCCAAGAUGGAGAUCAACUCUGAUGAGCGACGAAUCAGUUUUUCUCAGAAUUUAGCGGAUAUCCUGGAAUCUGUAAAAUUUGAAGAAGAGGAUGCUGUUGAAGAUAAAAAGAAUGAAGAAUUGUCCCACUCUUGCUUUCCAGUCAAUCAUGAAAACAACAUGAACCAUCUCCACAUCCUGGACUCUUCAAUUCAAUUUGACUCAGAAAAUAUAACGUUUGGUCAUAGAUUCCUAAAACAUAAACCUCCUUACGCGGACAAAACUCCUGCAAUGCAUAAUUUGACUAGCCCCAGACGGACCAACAAAGUCCUUAUGCCUAUCCCGGUGCCUCAACGCAUAAGUGGCAAAACUAAUAACAACAUUAAAACAUUUAUGCCUGAUAUUCAUCGAAAUAGUUCUAAAACGCUAAUAACAUCCUUGCCAAAAAGCUUUCAAUAUUCUUCAUGUUCCGCUAAAGUUAAUUGUCUGAAUAUUGAGGUUAAGAGACGUGACCCAAACAGGCGCUACUCCCUAGCAGAUCUUCUGGAUAGAAAGGACCCAUCUGAUAGUGCACAGUCAACUAGGCGAAACUCAGUAGUAGAUGGAAAGUAUAUCAUGAUGAUGAAUGAAGACUCUGGUCAAAAUGAUAGUGGCUUUGAAGAUAUGAGUCCAUUAGAUUCUGGAUACAAAACUUCCCAGGAAUAUGUGUUUAACGGAAUUAGUCUACCCUUUACUUUACCCAAUGCUUCUCCUAAGUCUAACACUAGCAGCUCUAAUGACACUGUUCCUGCUAAUUCAAUCCAACAAGUUAACAGAGCACCUCAUGCCAGCGCUUUUACGCCUGCAAUUUUAGAAUUACCAAACCUAACUUAUAGCAUAACAGAAGCAGUUUUUAUUGAAGAAACGCCGAUCAAACUAGAAACAGAACCUGAUAAUGCCUAUAUUACAAUCAAUAAGCCUCCAACAUAUCUAGGUGAAAGAAUUUUUUCGAAAGUAAGGAAGCGCUCUUUCAUGGUUGACAACAAGGCUUAUUCUAUAGAUGCAGAUAAGACCCGCAGAAAAUCUCUAAAUGAGAGCAAAAACAAAAAUCUUAGUUUGGACAACUUUUAUUUGAAAGAGGAUUCACUUUAUAGAGACUCUGUAUUUAGAGAUUCUCUUUUCAAAGAACCUUCUAGCACUACUUAUAGCAGGAAGGUAUCAAGACAGCGAAAGGUUUCAAAUCUAAUGAACAUCAAUGAGUCUGCAGAAGAGUGUCCUCAUAUGGAAAAUCUACUUGAACAACUGAAUACAUGGAAGUGUCAAGAAAGAGGUACUUUUUCUACAGUAAAUCUGAAGAACAGUCAAUCAGCCAUGCAGGGGAAGGUACCAAGCUAUCAGUCAAAUGAUUCUACACACUAUUUAGAUAAUUUAAAUGACAUAUUGGAAUACUCUAAAGAUGGAAAAGAAUCUGAAGAUCAUGAAGAGAGUAUUAAUGAUAAUGAACAAACUGAACAUUCAAAGGAAGUUGCUUGGUUUGAAAAGAAAAGAAUCAAACAAAACAUCAAUUUAGACAAUGAACUAAUUGACACAAGAGAAGAAGAGGAAAAGGCAAUUAUAUUUGAGAAUCAAUAUUCAUCUUUAUUCAAGUCCAUCCCAGUUUUGAAAGAAGUAUAUGAAGAACACAUUCAAGAUGAUAAUGGGGAUUUUCCUGAUGAGCUUUUUCUGCUUCCUGAUGAGGUUUUGGAUGCUGAUUACUGGAUGGUUAGGGAGGAUUUGUUUGGAUUGUGUGACACCCCCUCAGGUCCCUAUGUGACCUUAGAGGAGGCCCUAUCACUAGAGGACGUCCUUCCACCAGGGGUCAAGGGACUUAGACUUGGCUGGGCCUCAGAUAAGAACAGCACUAUCUGGAUAUGUAAGUACCACGCACCUCUGCCCCUUUAGUAAAAGUAAA